UAUGUAGAUGGAUAGAUACUGAUAGCUACAAAAGGAGAGGGAGAGGAGGGAGAAAACAUCUACUGCGAUUCUUGCUUCCAUGCUUCUGAUUGCAUGAGAGAAAUUGUGAAACUGAUGUCUGAAUUGCGUUGCAGAGAUGUUCAGAGCUGAAGCAAUCCAUUGUUAGAUUAAGACAGUGACUUUGAAAAUCACCCAUCAUCAUUACCAUCUCCUCACGAGAUUUCUUCCUGUCGCAGUGAGGCUAGCUCUACUUUCUUGAUUAGCAUAAUUCUUGGAGAAAGACGAGAAUUUUGAAAAAGAAAGACAAGUUUCCACCCGUUUAAAUGAUUUAUUGUUUUUUGUCUGAGCUUCACUGCCACCUGUUGUAGAAAGGGGUGGCCUGCUUCGUUGUAUGAACAGACUGGGAUUGCUAGCUCUUCUGCUCCUCAGAAGAUCAAGUCAUGUUUCCUGCAGUUAUGUCUAAUUCAAACCCUGUCUCCGAGGAAGCCAGCAUCUCUUCUGCAGGCCCUAGGGUUCAAGAUUUUGGUAGCUUGAAUCAACUCCUACACAAAUCCACUUCCUCAAAUCAUCAUCAGCCACUGAAAACCAAGAAGAAAAGAAACCUUCCUGGAAAUCCAGACCCUGAUGCUGAAGUGAUUGCUUUAUCUCCAAAGACCCUUUUGGCUACAAACAGAUUUAUAUGUGAGAUCUGCAACAAAGGAUUUCAGAGAGAUCAAAACCUUCAACUUCACAGAAGAGGGCACAACCUUCCAUGGAAACUGAAGCAGAGAAACAGCAAAGAAAACAAGAAGAGAGCGUAUGUCUGCCCGGAGCCCACAUGCGUUCAUCACCAUCCAUCAAGGGCUUUGGGUGAUUUAACAGGGAUCAAGAAGCACUACUGCAGAAAACAUGGUGAGAAGAAAUGGAAAUGUGAGAAAUGCUCAAAGAUCUAUGCAGUUCAAUCAGACUGGAAAGCUCACUCUAAAACCUGUGGAACCAGGGAAUACAGAUGUGACUGUGGAACUCUUUUCUCAAGGAAGGACAGCUUCAUCACCCACAGGGCAUUUUGUGAUGCACUAGCUGAAGAAAGUGCCAGGCUCUCUGCAGCCACACACUCAAUCUUCGCCAAUAACAUUGCCAACCCCCACUCCUUCCACUUCAACCCGCAAUACCCUCUCCCUCCUCCUCCACCACCGCCGCCAUCUUUCCUUCCCUUCUCCUCCCACAAUCGCCACUUUCCGAACCCCUGGGACCCACCACCACCCCAAAGCCCUAACCCUACUUCCCAUCCACAAGACCAAGUACACAUCAAGAACGAGGCCCUCCACAUCCCCCUCUCCUCGUCAUCACCACCACUCUACCAAGAAAGGAGCCUCAUGACUUCGCCAGCACUGGGCACCCUCCAAGUCAGCAGCGGCGCCCAGCUGCCGCCCCUCUCCGCCACGGCGCUCCUCCAAAAGGCCGCUGCGGUGGGCCACGUGAGCUCCACCAUGGCCCAGUUGGACAUGCAGAUGACGGCGGCGGCCGGGUGGCAGAAGAAUGACCGGUUCACCAGGGAUUUCCUGGGGCUGGCGGGAGAACAAUGCGGCGGCAAUGGGAAUGUGAGGGAGCUGCUGCAUUUUACUCCGUAUGAUGAUGAUGAUGAUGACCAAUCGUUGCUGAAGCAUCAAGGUUUUGGAUAUGCUGAGACAUGCACGCAGACCGCGUGGGGCAAUUGCAAUUGCUGAACGGACAACGGCAACGGGACUGUUGAAUUAGAGGAGGCAUGCGGGAGUCUGAAGUCGUGAUUUUCUUUAUUUGUAUGAGUUUGCAAGACCAUUUUACUAUUAACGCUUUUUGUCCUUCUUUGGCACGCUUAUUA